UCACGGGAUCGGGAGUCACGAACUUCGGCAGGAUUAGCCCUCGCUCCGCCUCGGCGCCUCGCAGCCAAUCGAAGCGCAACAGGGGCCGGGCUUCGGCAAGCCGGGCACAUUUAGAGCAAAGCCCCCGGCCCGAAACCAGCCAGAGCAGGGGCCAGCCGAGGAGGGUGUUGUUCUCGGGGCCGACAAGGUGGGUUUGCAAGCGCCGGCGGGUCGCCAAGAGCCUCCAUUUCGCUCCUCUCCGCGGGCUAUUUUUGCGUAAUGGCUGAGCGCUGGGUCUCCAGCAUCCCUCGCCGCCUCCCCGGUCCCUGUUGCUAACGGGGGCCUGGGGAGAAGAAGGGGGCUCCUUUGGCUGCCCCUCUGAUGCUCGGAGCCACUCGGGUUCCUUCUCCCCGGUGGAGAAAGGAAUCCGGGAGGCGCCGCUGCCCGUUUAACGGGGUGUUUUUGUGUGUAUCUUUAUCGGCGAGCGAAGGGCAAGGAGGCGCCUGGGCGCUCGGCUGAGCUUACGUCUUUUUCCCUGGGUGGCCGGCGCUCCGAUGAGCCCCCUUGCCCAUCUUUUAGAAGUGGGAGUAGCGGGGAUUUGGGGCGCGCCCAACUUGCUUGUGCGCGUUUUCUAGGGCGCACCCAGCUGGGGUUGGCGCGACCCUUCCUUCCCAGCUGGCUGCUGCGCGGGUCCUUCUCUCCCUUCGAGGCAGCCCAGCGCUGGGAUUUCUCAUCUUCUCCUGGGUUGAGGGAUUUCCCCCUUUUCUGAACUAGACCGCCGCGCGCUCCUGCUCCAGCGCCGUCCUCCCCCAAGCGAUUUGGCUCCGGAUCAGCAGCCAAACGGGCUUGUUUACACUGGGCCCGGCGCCUGAGCGCCCUCCCCCCUCGGCCGCCUAUCAUGUGAGGGGCGCUCGCGUGUCUGUUUACUGGAGCGGGGUCACGUGCUGGGUUUGGGCUUUUUUCUUUUUUUUUGCAAGGACCCCCCCCUUCACCCCCCCUUGGUACUCCGCCCCAGACUGGGAUGUCGGGAGAGCGGAAGUGAUUCCUGGAAAAUGCCUGAUGACUCAUAUCGGUAUCCAGGGAGGCUUCUGAAAGCGCCAGCUAUUAAAAUGCUUACAGAUCCCUCCUGUUUUUCUUCAGCCUUCGACAAGGGCUUUGAGAAAAGUACAUUUGGGGAGGGGGGGGGAAGGUCGCUGUCUUAGUUAUCUAACCUUCAAAGGAAAAAUCUGUUUGUAAAGCAGCUAAUCUAAUUCACUCCUAUUGAAUAUUUGUGCGGUGGGUGGGGGUUGUAAUAAUAAAGUAUAGGAUUGUUAGAGAUGUGAUUUGUGGACAUCUGGCAGAAUUGGGGAACCUAGGCUUAGUUGUUGCUUGAACAGGCCUUUCAUAUACAGUGGUACCUCGGCUUAAGUACUUAAUUCGUUCCAGAGGUCCGUUCUUAACCUGAAGCACCACUUUAGCUAAUGGGGCCUCCUGCUACCGCUGUGCCACCGGAGCCCGAUUUCUGUUCUCAUCCUGAAGCAAAGUUCUUAACCUGAAGCACUUUCUGGGUUAGCGGAGUCUGUAACCUGAAGCGUAUGUAACCUGAGGUACCACUGUAUCUCAUUUAGUUAGUUUCUGGUGCUAGUUUUGCACUUGCCCCAGAACCACGAUCUGAAACACGUUGUAUAUACAUACUAGGUGCCUUGUGUGGUAGCGCUGUGGUGCAUUUAUACCAAAACUUUAAACAAGUAAUUUAUUCUCACUUCAGUGAAUUUCAUUUCUGUAUAGUUUGCAUGGCCUCAUCAGAGGGGUUUAAACUGUUUCUGUCUAUUGGUUCGUCACUGUAAGUGAAGGAGAGAUUCCUGUCUAAUCAGAUCUUUUUCUUGCCCUAUAGAGAGGUUUCACCAUGAAGUUCUAUCUGUGCGUUUUGGCCCUAAGUUUGGAGGCGUGCUUUGCCGCCCCAGGCCUGGACCCUGCUUUGGAUGAUCACUGGGGCAUGUGGAAAUCAUGGCAUAACAAGAAGUACCAUGAGGUAAGGGUCACUACAUAACUCUCAGUGUGCAUGGGCAAAAGGUGUUCAGAAAACAUGCGGUAGCAAAAGUUGUAUGAAUGGUUCAUGUAUCUGUUGGUGAAACCAUCUGCCAGCCUAGGUAUUUGGGUAUAAUUGCCACCUUAGGGGACACAAACAACACUUCAAUAAUCUGAGAGUUACUGGUAUAGCAGAUCGUAGUUAAGAACAUAAUGAACACCUUUUUAGUCCAGUAUCCUGGUCCCUCAGUGACCAACCAGAUUCCUUUGAGAAGCAGGCAAGCAGGAUCUGAAGUACUGUUCUCCCCAGUUGUGAUUCAGAGGCAUACAGCAAGCAGAGAAGUUGUACAGGUAGACUGAAGUGCUCUAGAUACUUUAUUAUCAAAUACAAAAAGAAUUUCUCAAUAUUAUUUUGCUGCUUGAAUAAGUCUCAUCUUGGGAACAAAAAAUGUAGCUUCCUUUUAUAUGGGAAUACCAAGCUAGCAAGAGUAGUCAUGUUAAGUAUGAACUACUCAAAUAUUAGGGCUAAUGUUUGAAAUGUUUUUCAUAGCAAUGGUAAGCUGCUUAGAGCAGCAAACAAAAGCUAGGCAUACUUUUCAUUGCUCGAUUCAGAUGUCAUUGCAAGCCACAUUUAAGAAGUCUGGCUUGGCAUGAUGCCUGGAUGGACAAAUCCUGAUUUGUAAUGAGCCAGUAAACCAGAACUGGAUACCAUGAUUUGGUGUGGUGCAUGACUUUACAAACCAUAGCUGCAGCAGCCUAUGGCAGUUGGAGCCAUAGCUAUACCAAAUAGAUGGGGAAACCAAAACAGGGAAGCAACCAUGGUUUGCAGGAAUAUACAGAGGUUCCAACCAUGGUUUGUCACAAACUAUGGUUUAGAACCCAAACUAUGGUCUGAUGUCUGAAUUGAGCCUAUGUCUUUAGCUGUUAGAGGAUGUUGGGUGCUCAGUUUUCCUUGUUGCUUUCUUCCCCUUUUAGAAGGAGGAAGGCUGGAGAAGAAUGAUCUGGGAGAAAAACCUGAAGAUGAUUGAAUUGCACAACCUGGACCACAGCCUGGGCAAGCACAGCUACAGACUGGGAAUGAAUCAUUUUGGAGACAUGGUACGUAAAUGCCAAGUUGCACAGCUAGCAUCUCUUGAGUAACUGCUUAGAUGGCAUGCUGACUUAUUUCCUCUUUCUUCAGACCAAUGAAGAAUUUAGGCAAGUCAUGAAUGGAUUUAAACGCUCCAAAACGGAAAGGAAGUUUUCAGGGUCACAGUUCCUUGAACCAAAUUUCUUGGAGGCGCCAAGAUCUGUUGACUGGAGGGAUAGAGGAUAUGUCACACCAGUGAAGGAUCAAGUAUGUAUCUGAUCUUCUGGGUUUUUUCUUUUCCUUUGCCUAACACAAGCAGCUUAGUCUGUGGUUGGAUUUCUAAGUGGUACUUCAGCUUCUGUAGGACUUAACAGCCAAAACAUAGCUACGUUGCCAAGAAAAAAAUAGCUCCUUUACCUUACUUUAGUUAUGGGAGGUAGCUGAAGAACCCGAGGACAAUAAGAGCCUGUUGGAUCAAGCUCCUAGGGAACUAUCCCAAUCUCAGAGUGACCAGCUAAAUGCCUGACCACAACAGCACUUUCUCUGUCCCCAGUGUAGAGCUGUCAUUCAAUAAUAUUAAUAAUAAUAAUAAUAGUAAUAAUAAUUUAUUUAUACCCUGCCCCAUCUGGCUGAGUUUCCCCAGCCACUCUGGGCGGCUUCCAAUCAAAGUUAAAAACAAUACAGCAUUAAAUAUUAAAAACUUCCCUAAACAGGGCUGCCUUAAGAUGUAUUUUAAAGAGAAGAUAGCUGCUUAUUUCCUUCACAUCUGAAGGAUGUGGGAAGGACCCUCCCACAGGGAGGGUGCCACUACCGAGAAGGCCCUCUGUCUGGUUCCCUGUAACCUCACUUCUUGCAAUGAGGGAACCGCCAGAAGGCCCUUGGCACUGGACCUCAGUGUCUGGGCUGAACGAUGGGGGUGGAGACGCUCCUUCAGGUCUACUGGGCUGAGGCCGUUUAGGGCUUUAAAGGUCAGCACCAACACUUUGAAUUGUGCUCGGAAACGUACUCAUUGAGUAUCCAUUGAGAAUUGGUUGAGGGAUGCUUGCAAUGGGGACUAAAAUACAAAGUGCAUUUUUCUUACUUGAUGCUAGUGAAAUUGAGUUGCCUUUGCACAGGGGAUGGGGACCCUCAAGCCCUGCUUUGCACCUUCCUUGGGUGUCUUUUGCCCAACUGGAAUGUGUUGAACUUGAAUAGUACCUCUAGAUUGUAUGUUUUCUGUCUAGGCCAGCCUUAGCUCCCACCUGGCUCCCUCCAUUUGUUGGUCUGCAACUCCCAUCAGUCCCAUCCAUUAAAUACUAAAUUGAGAAAAGUAGUGACUCUGCCAAAGCAGCAUUUUCUCCCACUGCUUUACUAGAAGCAUUACAGUAGCAUGUGCUGAACUUCUUCCUGGCUUUAAACCAAUGCAUUUCUCCCCAUUUGCCCUCAGGGUCAGUGUGGCUCUUGCUGGGCAUUCAGUACCACCGGAGCCCUGGAAGGACAGCACUUCCGCAAAACUGGCAAGCUGGUCUCUCUGAGUGAACAGAACCUUGUGGAUUGCUCUCGGCCAGAAGGGAACCAGGGCUGCAAUGGGGGCCUCAUGGACCAGGCUUUCCAAUACAUAAAGGACAACGGUGGCAUUGAUUCUGAGGACUCCUACCCAUACAUUGGAAAGGUGAAAUGGCUUCCUGACUGACAGCUUCUUCCUUGUCUGUUCUCUUGUCAGAUCUACCAGGUCAACAUACCUCCCAGGAAAAGAAAUUCCAAAAGUUGUGUUGGAAGAGGUUGAACCCAAGCAUACAUGGGGGUUUCACUGAGUUGUUGGCAGCCCAGCAGAUAAAAAUGGCAACUAGGCCUUUCCCUGCCCCCCUCGUUCAUCAUUGGCCUGAAUUGAUUUGAAAGACUUGAGCAAUGAUAGUGUUGUGGUUAAUUUAAUUAGGUUGCACAUGCUAGAUAACCCUUUAAAGCUCUACUUGCGCAAUGCAAGUUAAAAAUAUAACUACAGGUUUACAUUGUUGACACAUCAGUGAGUUGCUGCUGGCUAAUUAUCUCCAAGGACUAGAUAGGAUUCUUAAACAGCUGAGUGUUCCGCAGAUACCUGUAAAACUAUAUAGCUUUCAGAGUUACACUACUGAAACCAUUCUUCCACAACUUCUUAAUGGAACAUUCUGUUUUAUUUUUCUACUUGCCUCUAAUACCACUUGUUGGGUGGCAAGUCGGAUGUAAUACAACAUUAAACUACUGUUAGCUUGUUAAACUGAAUCUGAAGUUUUAACUUCAAGGCCCACCUAUGACUUGGGCAGCAAAGAAAUAAAAUUCUUAACACUUUGGAAAGGGAGAAGCUGUGGCCAUCUAGAUACUGUUACCCCCUGACCCUCCGCCAUGCUGGCUGAGUCUGUUAGUCUAGCAUUCUCCAGGGAGCCCUCGUUUUACCAUCUCUGCUGUAUACUGAGUUGCUUCAGAAAGUGUUUCUUGAAUUCAGGAGUGCCUUUCCAAUACUGCUCACCUCUGGUGCUGUUUCAUUGUGGAGAUGAAAGGACAGUUCUGUUCAGAAAAGAACUCUGUCUCUGCUAACAUUUCCCUCUUAUCCAUAGUUUUUCCCUGGCAUCAUAACUCUGUUUUGCCUGGGCAGACGUUGCAUGCAUUGUAGAGAUUCCUAGGAGUGGAAUGUGAGACUUGUCAGAAGUGCUGUGGUGGGGAAUUGAUAGAUGUGUAGGGGUUCUGUGGUCCUUCAGAUGCUGGAAUACAACUCCCAUCCCCUGACUAUUCACCCUGUUGCCUGGGGCUGAUGGGAGUUGGAAUCCAGCGAUAUCUGGAGGGACAUGGGUUUUCCACCCAUGAUGUAUGUGAAUCAGGGUUGGAAGGGACCUCAAAGGUAAUGUAGUCCAACACCCUGCUGAUGCAAGAAAUCAACUAUUCUAGCGCCCCUUGAUUUAGUCUUUGUUGAAGUAAUGACAUCUGGGAGGAGGAUGGUUUGGUCCAGUAUACCUUCUGUAAGAAGAGCAUUGUGUGUGCGUGUUAAAAUUGGCACCUCUUUCACAUGUGAAAUAUCUUUGGGUUUGGGAACAAGAGUAGUUGGGAAGACCUAGUCACAAGCUCAGAUGUGAUAUUUUCUUGUUGGGGCACAUACUUCUUGUGUCAUUUGUGGUUAUUUAAAUUUGAAUGUGUAUUUAUUUCUAUUUGGGGUUUUCUUUUCUUUUGCAUCCACCGACUUUCUGAAUUCUGAACCACAACCAACAUGACUGUUGUUCUUUCAAAGGAUGACGAAGAUUGCUUGUACAAGUCUGAAUACAACUCUGCUAACGACACCGGCUUUGUGGACAUCCCUGAAGGGCGGGAAAGAGCCCUCAUGAAGGCCGUCGCUGCAGUUGGACCAGUCUCUGUGGCGAUCGAUGCAGGACACACCUCCUUCCAGUUUUAUGAGUCAGGUGAGCAUUAGGCUAAGGGUCUGAAAGUGAUUUGUAAUGGACUUGGCUGAAUGGAGUAUUGUGCAGUUUGAUUUCAAUGUGGGCAACAAUAUUCUGGUGCGGGCUAGUCUUGGACAUCCUUAGGCCAUUUUAUCUAUGAGGCGUAGUGGGGUUCUGGGUCUUGUUCCAAUAUGCAUGGAUGGUUUUUGCAGAAGCAUUGCAAGACUCUUGCUGCUUCUGCAUAAAGAUAAGACACACCCCAUUCCUCGUAUUCUUAGUGAGUUCAUGCAGAGGUUUGGUGGGGAGAUAGCUGCCUUUUGCAAGCUGCCAAGGCUUAGAGCCCUGUGUCAGUUUCUUCCACUGGGCAAAACUAGCUUGGUGCUAACACUUUCUGGACAAGGGGCACCCAUCAACUGAGAGGGCAAGGACUUAUAGUUCAGUGGUGGUUCUGUGGUCUAAACCACCAAGCCUCUUGGGCUUGCUGAUUGGAAGGUUGGCGGUUCAAAUCCCUGCAACAGAGUGAGCUCCUGUUGGUCUGUUCCAGCUCCUGCCAACCUAGCAGUUUGAAAGCAUGCCAGUGCAAGUAGAUAAAUAGGUACUGCUGUGGCGGGAAGGUAAACGGCGUUUCCGUGUGCUCUGGCACUCAUCAUGGUCCUCUGUGCGCCUGUAGCAGUUUAGUCAUGCUGGCCACAUGACCCGAAAAACUGUCUGUGGAGAAACGCUGGCUCCCUCAGCCUGAAAGCGAGAUGAGCGCUGCAACCCCAGAGUCGCCUUUGACUGGACUUAACCGUCCAGGGGUCCUUUACCUUUAUAGUUCAGUGGUGCAGAGACUUCUGUCUGAAAAGCCCGGGCAAGCUGCCUGCAGUCAGUAUAAGGCAUUACCAAGCUACAUAGGCCACUGGCAGUUCCUAUAACUGAACAUUCAGAUGGAUAACUUGGGACCUAGUAGACGAGGAAAGGUUGCUGUUCUUCUGGAAGCUGACCCACUGUUUUUGACUCCUUCCUUUCUAGGUAUUUAUUAUGAGCCGGAGUGUAGCAGUGAAGACUUGGAUCAUGGUGUUCUUGUCGUUGGCUACGGCUUUGAGGGUGCAGAUGAAGAUGGCAAGAAAUAUUGGAUUGUGAAAAACAGGUACUGAGACUUCUUUAAUCUUUUGAUCUCUGGCAGACUUAACUGCUUCUAUAUACAAGUUUGGUUUUCUUCUGGCUGAGGUUUGGGGACAUCCAGGGACAUACUUCCCACCUGAGUCUUGGAAGUUGUACAAACCAAGAACAGCUUUUCGGUUUGAAAUCCGCUGAAUGUAUAAACUGUCCCAAAAACAGAUACGCAGGGCACUAAAUAUUCCUUCGGGCCUAAUAAUUUCUAGGCUGCCCAAACACUUUGGGCUAGUCGUAUUGCUUUUAGCCAGAGAAGCAGCCCAUCUGUUAUGCAUUCUGUGCAGGGGACAGGGUGGAGGUACAAAAGUAAAUCCUGUAACAAGAGGCAAAGUUGUAAUGUUGUGUUUUUGUUUUAUCCAGCUGGAGCGAGAAGUGGGGCCUCAAAGGCUACAUCUACAUGGCUAAAGAUCGAAAAAACCACUGUGGAAUUGCUACAGCAGCUAGCUAUCCUCUAGUAUAAUUUUGCAGAAAAAGGAGCCACUGGAACAGCCACAGCCGUUAACUUGAGGAAAUAUGAACCACUGGAAUAAGCUUUCCAGCUUGUUGGUCGCCAGACAUCUUCUGAGGCCACCAAGCAUUCCAGCUGCAGAAAGACUUUAAACUGACUAGUAUCUGUUUCUUCCAAGAUUGUUAUUUGGGUUGUUGUUUUUUUUUUAACCUUGAACCUCUCUGAUGUUUACUUGAUGGCAACAUGUGCCCCUCUUUUUUCCAAUGUUUUUUAUUACUUGAUGUAAAUGUUGCUUAUGUGCACAAGCUUGUAAUAUUGAUAGCUUGCAGACUGGCUAAACCAUGUAGAUUUUCUUUUUUUAAUUUUAUUUUUAGGCAACAACUUGCACAGAACGUUACAGCUUUUAAAAUAAAACACCAAACAUUUCAAUGUACCUAAAUGGAUUUUGUGUGCUUUCUUUUGUACAUGAACUUCACCCAGUAUCCCCCUUCUCAAUCAAAUCAAUUAGUUUUGGACCAAUUUGGUUUCUGGUGUGGUAAUAAAAGCUGCAAAAUAACAGAACAGUAGUGCAAAGCAUGUAAUGCAAUGUUUUCUGUAUGGGAUUGGAGUUGAGCUUCUCCAUCUGUAAUGAGUACCUUAAAAGAUUUCUAGCAAAAGUCAUUACAAUGCAAACCGGCUUACACCGCAAUAUAUUUGUAAUCUUGAACGUUCCACAAAGCUCCUUGGCAGCCUUUGCUGCAACAGACUUCAAAUGACUUCACAAAAGGACUAUACAAUUAAAUGCCAAGGGACCUGCUCUCUCUGCUAUGCAGAUAUAUGAAAAAAAGUUUUCCUUUGGGUGACAGUUGAAUAGGGUAUCUUUUCCAUCUGCUAAAAUGACACCUGGUCUGCAAGCAGAGCAGAGUGAACUGUACCAGCUCAGUCUGUUGGUGAGUUAUACAUUUUUUUUGAAUGCUCUGCAAGCAAGGUGAUUUGCAGUCAGUAAACCAGUAGAGCUGGAAAUCUAAAGCUGAAGAAAGCUACUGUGCAGUUUUCUGUCUUAGGAAAAAUUGUUGUGUUAACUUGGGGAAAACAGUAAAGUUGAAAUCUUACCCACAUUAUGAACUGAUGUAGGUUAUGCUACCACGUCCCGCAUGGGUAGAACAGGCCUUAGAAUGCAGAAACAAGUAAAGAACUCCACAGCGGCUUAGUAUUUUGUUUAUGAAUCUUGUGAAAUAAAAAUAAGCACCGAUUGUAAUAAAACCUCAAAGCUUUUUCC